AGGUCCCUGAGCGCUCAACCCUGCCUUGCUUCCUUCCACCUGCAGCUCCGUCCAUCCCUGACCCUGUCCCCGUCCCCUCCAGGCAGUGCCCGCGCCCGCUCUCCCUCCAUCCCUGACCCUGUCCCGUCCCUCCAGGCAGUGCCCCCACCCGCUCUCCGUCCGUCCCUGACCCUGUCCCCGUCCCCUCCAGACAGUGCCCCCGCUCCCUCUCCGUCCAUCCCUGACCCCGUCCCCUCCAAGCAAGCAGUGCCCACGCCCGCUCUCCGUCCAUCCCUGACCCCGUCCCCGUCCCCUCCAGACAGUGCCCCCGCUCCCUCUCCGUUCAUCCCUGACCCUGUCCCCGUCCCCUCCAGGCAGUGACCCCUAGGGAUCUGCCUGAGAAGGGAGUAGCCUUCACCUAGAAACCAAGGAUUGGUCUGGGAGUCCUGCCUAACAACUUCCCAGCUCCUGUAAACACAGUCUUCUCCUUUAGCUUCACUGUUGGCCUAGGAAUUAAGCGACAUCACUGUCCACAUGGAACCACGAGAAUUUAUGAAAAUUCUGGCCAUUCUUGCCCUACAACUGAAUAUUUGGAAAAAUAUCCUACAUAUGGCAAUGUGCUUCCACCUCAGAGUCUUAAACCCAAGCAAGAAUUUCGAGCAUGCCGUGGCAAAAUGGAAGGAAUAACAACAUUUAAAUCGGAUUACCGUCCUUAUGAGAUAGUCAAACAGCCUCGCCCUGUACCAGAAGAAUACAAACCAAAACAGGGGGCGAUUGAUCUUGGUACUACCUACAAACGGGAUUUUAAUUCUUACAAGGUACAGCCUGUGGCCAUAGUCCGGCCUUUGGAAAGAAAACAAGUGAAACGAGGGAAGGUGGACACUGUCCCAACCUAUAAAGAUGAUUAUAGAGCUUGGGACAUUCAGAAAAUUGACCUUUAUAAACCAGAACAAACUUAUCAUCCCCCAACUGUGAAAUUUGGAAAUUCAACUACAUUUCAGGAUGAUUAUGUUCCUCAGGAGAUAAAGCCUAGGCAAAACUUUAAACCCAGCCCUGUGGCCAAAUGCUCUACAGUUCCUUUUAAUGGUGAUACAAGUCAUCGCCUUGAUUAUGUACCUUAUCAGCUAGAAUUCAAGUUUGCAAGGCCAAAAGAAGUGUACAAGCCAACCAGCCAACCCUUUGAGGAUCUCACAACUCACCGAUAUGACUUUCAGGGUCUUGUAGGUGAAACUGCAAAAAUCUGCAGACCUCCAUAUACCAGAGUGACCCAAAAUGCUCAUUUUGAAGGAAGUACUGAAUUCCGUGAAAGCUUUCAACCAUGGGAAAUUCCACCACCUGAAGUCAAGAAACUACAAGAGUAUGUCCCACCUACAGGUACCAUGCAGUUAAACAGCACGAGCCAUCUUGACUAUGUUCCCUAUCAGAUCAAACGUGUUGUUCCCAUCAGACCAGUUUCUCAGAGAAGAAUUAACAAUUUUCCUUUUCAAGGAAAAAGCACCACAAAGGAAGAUUUUCCAGCCUGGGAAUGCUGUCGUCAAGGUCUUAUUAAGCAGCAACAGCAGAUUCCCAACCCAUCUGGAAAAUUUGAUGGUUGGAGCACUUUCAGGUCUCACUAUGUGCCACAUGAGCUGGUUCCAACAGAGAGCUGCAAACCUGCACAUGCUUUGUUUAAGAGUUCUGCUCCAUUUGAUGACACAACCAUGUACUCUAUAGAGUACACACCAAAGAAACAGGAAAUCUGCCCUGCUAGCUAUCCUUCUCCUCCAGGGUAUAUCUUUGAAAAUACAAAUUCUCGAGGUCAUAAAUUCUUCCGCAAGAUCAUGCCCACAGUGGAGGCCUUCUGAUCAUCAACUCAUGUUUGAAAGGAAGCUAACAGAUAUUGGUUUUCUAUGGGCAAAGCCAACUUUUUAGAGGGGGAGAGCAGAAGAGUGAGAGAGAGAAUAUUAAGCAGGCUCCACAUCCAGCACAGAGCCCAAUGCGGAGCUCGAUUUCACAACCCUGAAAUCACGACCUGAGCUGAAAUCAAGAGUUGGACACUUAACCGACUGAGCCACCCAGCCACCCCAAAGCCAAUUCUUUUUUUAGUAAAAAUUAUUUAUGGGAGAGCUAAAACAAAUCAUUUUUAAAUUUUGAACAAGAAAAUCAGAAAAUUAAUUAUAGGAAAUAAGGACAUUAAAAUCCAUUUUUUAAGAUCAAUCCAUUGAUAUUCUUUACCAAGAUUGUUCUUUAAUCUGUUAUUCUGAAAGUUGAAUAAUAGACAUUCAUUCCCAUCUGAAGUACUUUAAUUCCCAACAUACUGUUUGGUAGCUUGUCUCCAAUUGAUUAUCAUUUAUACCUAUGUUUUAAAUUAUGGCAACUACCUGGUUAUUUACGUACCAGUUGCCAAGUAUAAAACACGUUAGAACUAUAUAGGCACACCUCUGAAAAUGAUGCAUGGAUUCCCUCAUCCAAGACAAUGGCCUUCAUUUCCUUAGACAUCAGAGUAUCUAUGCGGUGUACUUUGGUGGUGUUGAGGGUGAUUGCACUGUUCUUCACCACGUUCAAGGUCAUAAGAGGAACUGUGGUGUGACAAGCAAAGGCUCUGCGGGCUGGGAAUCAAGGCUCUGAGCAUGGGUUCCAGUGACAUCACCCUAGGCCAAUGACUCAUGUCUUUGAGCCCCAAUGUCUUCAUUUGUAAAAGGACACCUGCCCUGCUUAGUUCAACAUUCUGUUUUGAGCAUCAGAUCAUAUGACUCAUCGUAAGCUGAAAGUAAAAAUGCUGAACAAAUCUCAGGAAUUCUUAAUAAGUCCCUUAAUCUCUUUUUGCACUUGUUUUCUCCUUUUUCAAAGUAGGGUAAUUACCUACUCAAUACUCACUUUCGGGCCCAAGGCAAAGAUUGUAAAAUGACCAAAUUUGCGUUGAACUUCUGAGUAGUUUGGUUCCUGGGAAGAGUCUUGUCCUCCAUAGUCAUGCAAGUGCCUGCAAGCUUCUUACAGAGAACAGAGAGUUUGGAUUAGGAGAAGAACAUGGUUUGAAAGAUCUCAUUUACAAGAAGGAAAAAAGUAUUUGUGAGAGUAGUUUUAGGAAUGAUGGACAGCUCUGAAGGAUCCUCAGGGUGACCUUGGGUAAGGAUGCAUCUAAUUGCCAUGCCUAGAGUCAUUGUUCCGAAGCAGCACCAGGCUUACAAUGGGGCAUAAUCUUGUCCAUCUCCAGUGUGAGCUGAGUACUAAGGUUGGAGGGAAAGCAUGAUGCCAGUAAGUGAAGGGGGAAGAACAUGUUGCAUUUAUAAAUGCUGAAAAUUUCCUAAUGAAUCAAACUCCUGUUUUGUUUUCUUUGAUAAAUGAUUGCAUUAUGAGAGAGGAUGAUUUAUUUUUUUCACAAUGUUUGGUCUUUUAUAGCUUUAGAGCUGUUUCAAACUAUAUGCUAAAAUGUUUUUAGUUGUUUGAAAGUAGCUUGUUUUUAUUUAUGUUUGUAUUUAUUAGUGAAAAUUAUGACAUGUAGAAUUUUAUAUUUAUGCAACAUUAAUAAAGCAUCAAUAAAAUGAA